AUGAUUGUUAUAGAUGUAGGAAAAAAUUAUAUCGACCAAUUAAGUGUCCAACAGAACGGACCAUGCGCGUUUACGUACUACGGAGGCGUAGGGCGGCGCACCCUUGCUAUAAGGCGGACUCGGAGGCUCCGUGCGGCACUCGACGACACGAUGAGACCGACCGCAGCCGCCCUGAUCGCGAUCGCACUAGCCGGUGCAACACUCACCGCAGCCCAGAGCAGAGACUACAGGCUUCAGAACCUGGACGUCCUAAAUCUACUGGAGAAGCCAUGGUUAGGCCUGAGUACGCAAAACCGUUGGGACAGACCUCGCAUUGAACAGGACCUCCAUAACAUUUACCCAAGGAUGAUCCGUCAGCGUCAAGACGAUGAAGAGGCAAAGACUUACGAUGAUGAUGUUAUGAGGUUCGGGUCUGAAAAGCGAUCGGCAGUGGCAACAGCGAUAAACGCCGGUCGCCGGAGACGGCAGCCGACGCCCGCCCUCGGUAAGGCAGUCACGCCGUAUGUCGGCGUCGGAGUGCUCAACGAUGUGGGUUCAUUCUUUGACUCGCUGAGGGACAACCUGGAGACGCUGGCCUCACUCUCGCCGCAGCAAAGAUCCAACCUGUUCCAGGAACCACCUACUGUGGUACACGCUACUUCAUCUGGUGGCGGCGGUGGUGGUGGUGGAAUACGUAGACUCCACGCGCUCCGCCCACUCAGACCGACUGGAAACAUCAGAUCGGAUCUGGAGGCGUACGGAAGCUACCCUGGGGCCAAUCACCACGACCCUGGCCUUCUGUGGACCGGACUGGGUCGAUAGACGCCACGGCCUCAUCCACGUGCAUAAAAACUCUGAAUUCGCCGUCGAUUGUACGACAAACGCUCCUGAUUACUUAUCCAAUUCAAAAUUCUCAACAGAAGAUUUAGAUUACUUUAAGUAUAGAUUUUAUACUUCUAAAAUACCGCAAUGUGUUUAUGUCAAAUGUAAUAAAUAUUGGAAAAAUUGCGAAGAAGUUUACAGAUCGCAAAGACCCCCAGUGCUCACUGGUUACAUGAAUAAAUGGUAAUGAAGAAAUGUUAUUAUUAUAACUUAGUAUCGGCAUCGCUACACUCGUUAAUUCUAAACAUGUUAGCAUUAUGUAAGAUAGGGGAAAAAUUACCCUUUGUAUUAAAAUAAUAUUCUAUACUAUAUUUCCCGUAAUUUUAUCGAUUUCUAAGCUUGUUUUAAGCGUAAUGUAUUCUAAUUAAUAUUUUAUAAGGUACAGUUCAUUUCAAUAG